AAAAUGGUCGAAGGAAACCACACAAGAGUGAAUGAGUUUGUCCUCUUGGGAUUAGUGGACAGUCCUCAAAUGAAGCUGAUGUUCUUUGUUGUGAUAUUAGCAAUAUAUUUGGUAGCUCUGGCAGGGAAUCUUGGAAUUAUCCUGUUAAUCAGAAUUGACCCUCAACUCCAGAAACCCAUGUAUUUCUUCCUCAGCCAUUUGUCCAUCUUAGAUUUUGGAUAUUCCUCAGCUAUUGCCCCUAAGAUGCUGGAGAACUUUUUGGUGGAAGAGAGAACCAUUUCCUACAGAGAUUGUGCUGUGCAGAUGUAUUUCUUUGUCUUCUGUGCAAGUACUGAGUGCAUACUCUUGGCCGCAAUGGCAUAUGACCGGUAUGUUGCCAUCUGCAACCCUCUCUUGUACAUGUUGGUGAUGUCCCCAAAAAUGUGUGCUCUGAUGGUGGCUGGAUCCUACCUUGUUGGCUUUGUGAAUGCAAUGACCCAGACCAUCUCCACCUUUUCCCUCUCUUUUUGUAACUCCAAUGUCAUCAACCAUUUCUUCUGUGAUGUUCCCCCUUUGCUAGCUCUUUCCUGCACUGACACAAGCACCAACGAAAUGGUGUUAUUUGUAUUUGCCACGGUUCUGGGAAUAUUCACAUCAGCAGAAAUUAUGGUGUCAUACAUAUUCAUCCUCGGUGAAAUCUUGCAGAUCCACUCAACUAGUGGGAAGCAAAAGGCUUUUUCAACAUGUGCCUCACACUUGGGGACAGUCAUCAUUUUUUAUGGGACAACAGUUUUCAUGUACCUGCGACCAAGCUCAAGCUAUUCCAUGGAUCAGGACAAAUGGGCCUCAGUGUUUUAUACUGUAGUGAUUCCCAUGCUGAACCCAUUGAUCUACAGCAUGAGGAACAAGGAAGUGAAAAAUGCCCUGAGGAGGACUAUGGGUAGAAGACAUAUAUGGUCCUUAUCUUGA